AUGGUGUUUUAUGCUCAAAUGACGGAACUGUCUCAAAUGGACCAGAAGAAUCAGAAGCCAUCAUUCAUCUCGACAACCUCGACGACCUCCACGACCUCCACAACCUCGACGGAUAUCUGCGAAACCUUUCCCCUUCGUCUCAUCUCUGGGACACUCACCCCUUACUAUAAGAAUCUCAAAACAGAAUGUCCUCUCCCCGCCUCCCGCCUCCCCGCCUCCCCGCCUCUUCAAUCAUCCCAAUACCAUCCCAUCGUCCCUACAGGAGCAGCCAGGACCGUCAGCUCCGGAGUCUUCGACCUCUCGCAGACUUCUCAUGGCUCCAAAUUUGCUGCGCAGGCUCCUCUUCUAGAUGUCUAG